AUGGUUAAGUCCUACACUCUGGCUGGGGCAGCAGCCUUGGCGUGUUUGGUGCUGGCAAUCUGUGCUGUAAUCUCUACUGUUCAUAUUCUACACGACAUUUCUGAUUUUUACACAGAAGCCCAAGGAGAACUGGUUGAAUUCAAGGACAUUGCAAACAAUGUUUGGGACGAAAUGGUGUUUGAACUGACACCAGAAGAGAUGAGAGAAGCAGAGGAUCUUGAAAGAGAAAAGAGAUCUUACGAAGGAGAAGAGCCAUACGGGGUUGAUACCAGUCCACCUACAACCACAACAACAACUACAACAACCGCUGCCACAACUACAGAAGCUGUUGGAGAUGAAUCCGGAUACGACUUUGGACAUGACAAUGGACCACCAUCUUCAAGACCAAGAAAACCAGUUCCUCCAACUAUGCCCCGAACAAUUCAAGAAGAUGUUUCAGGCUUCCGUGCACCUCCGCCAGCUGCCACGUCGACUUAUAGGCCACCAAGUGGACAAAAUUAUGACAAUUACGGACGGGAACCAACUUCUUCUCGUCGCCCUCACCCGCCACAGCAACCAUAUCAACAGGCAUCCAGUACGCCUACACCAUACAGUACUCCAAACAACAGAACUCUGUACAAUCCACCAAAGACUGUUGUCUACCCAUCGAAUCCAAGCAAUCCACGUGUUCCGUACAACCCACCACCAAAGUAUACACAACCUCCACCUUAUCCUGGAAGCUCUCGUGUGCCAUACAAUCCAAACUACACUAAUGCUCCUCGAACUCCUCCACCACGUCAACCAGCUGGAGGAUACGAUUCAGAUGGUCAGACUCCACCGUCUUGGCCGAGAGUGUACAAUACACGCCGUCCAAACGGACCAGGAUAUCCUGAAGAUCAAGUUCCUACCCGUCGACCAAAUGCACCUGGUUAUCCAGAAGACCAGCUUCCAACACGACGACCAAACGGACCUGGAUAUCCGGAGGACCAAGUACCAACUCUUCGUCCGAAUAGAGAGAAAUACCCAGAAGACGAAGUUCCAACUCCCCCACCACCAGGACAACAGAGAGUUCCACCAACGCAGACCCGAAAUCCAUCUUAUCCAGACAAAACUAAUCCACGUCAAUCAACCAGACCAGUUCCUCCAACAGAUGGACAUGUUGAAACUAGUACUCCAUUUAACCCAACCAACGAAGUUCCACCAGGCAGAACUGGGUUCAGACCAGGCUUCGGACCACAACGACCACGCCCUGGUACUCGGCAAAGAGUCAAUCCAUGCGAUCAAUGUUCUGCCCAGCCUAACAACUGUCCAGCAGGACCACCUGGUCCAAGAGGACGCCCAGGACCACCAGGUUUCCCAGGACAAGAUGGACCACGUGGUUUGCGCGGACUCAACGGAGGAUACACUGGUGUGCAUCCAUCUUCUUACGAUCCAGUUAUCGGAUGUGUUCAGUGCCCAGUAGGACCACCCGGAGAGCGUGGAGCCGAUGGACCACCAGGAGCUCCAGGAGAAGACGGAAUUGAUGGAGAACAAGGAACCAAUGGACAAGACGGACAACCAGGAGCUCCAGGAGCUCCAGGAUACCACGGAAUGAAUGGAGCACCAGGAACAGCAGGAAAGCCGGGAGCACCAGGAAGAAAUGGGCAAUCGUGUAGAGCUGUUCCAGGGCCACCAGGUCAACCAGGAGUUAUGGGAGGGCCAGGAAGAGAUGGAGAUCCAGGAACUGAUGGUGAGCACGGACAAGACGGAAGUCCAGGAAUUCAAGGGCCACCAGGAAAAGAUGGGAGACCAGGAGCUGACGGUCAACCCGGUGUUUCUGCUCCAGGAGCACCAGGAAACGAUGGAGGAUACUGUCCAUGCCCAAAACGUUCAUCAAAGUUUGAUUUCACGGAUCCAGCUUACACAGAAGAGAAGCCAACAGAACAAAGACCAAGAGAAUAUGCAUCUGAUAGAGAAGAAGAACCAAGAACACGCCAGCCAGCUCGUACUGAAAGUUAUGGAGACAACUCAGGAUACGAACGUGAGAGGAAGCCAGUCUACGAACCAUCUGCAGAAGUUCCACCACCACGAAGAAACAUAUAUGAGGACGAAGAGAGAGUCAGAGAACCACCACCAAGAAAACAACCACCUCCACAUAGACAGACACCAAGAUCCGAGCAACAGAGGUAUCCAGAGGAGCAAUAUGAGAGAAGACCGCAUGAAACCAGAGGAGGUUAUGACAGAGAAGCACCAAGAGAAUACGAAAAUGAGGCACCAAGAUCAAGGCAAGGAGGAGAGCAUUCGUCUGGAUAUGGAGGAGAUCGAGAACAAUACAUGGAAAGAAGACCAGUAGAACAGCCGAGAUAUGAGAAUAAACCACUUAAAAAGGUUGAGAUCAAUAGACAACCAGAAAGAGGAUAUGAUCAUCACCAACCAUCAUAUGAGGAGAAGGUUUCAAGAACAGAAGGAUCAAGAAGAUAUGGUACAGAAUCUGAAUCACUGUAUGAGGAAGAGCAGAGGGAGGAAACACAUCCACCUGGAUUCGGGCGACCGAAAUCGGAGGAGGAUAGAAAAGAACACAGAACUUAUCCAGAAGAUUCAAUGCCACCGGUGAAGCAAACGGAUAGAUACAAUGGGGAUAAGAGGAAGAAGAAUCAGCCAGAGUAUGAAGAUAUUUCGAAGCCAGAGGAAGAUAAGGAAAAGGCAAUGGAGAAGCAUCACAGAAAACCAAAUAAAUUCCAAGAAAAGCAAUGGGAGGAGCAUAGAAAGAGUCAGGAGCUCAGGAACUCGAGAGAACAUGGAGGACAAGUUCAAAAUGAAAGCCCUCUUCCAAUGCAGCAAGUAAAACCAGAAGAACGAGAACGAAGAUCUUCUGGAGAAGAGAAGGUUCCAGUUCAUGACAAUUAUCAGUCAUCCGAAAAACGUGGAUUUGUGAACGAAAAUUCACUUCCUUCCGAGCAAAUUCCAUACAGGAGGAGGACUAGAUUCUACAGAAACCACUACUACGAUAAGUUCCUCGCAUAG